UUAUAGAGCUAGGAAUAUGAUAUGACAAGUCAGUGACACAUGUACAGUAUUACGCUGUCCGUCUGGCUCAGACAACGCCACAAUUAUAAUUGUACGUAGUUAUAAUAAAACAGUGUUGCAAAACCACUGCGGUAGCUUGACAGCUUGUUUGUUGCUGUUUUGUUUUCUUAUUUGACAAGACGCCAUAAUUAAUCCGGUUGUUCUAUUGGCGUGUUGAGGGGGUGAUCCCCGUAUUUGUCUCUUUCUAAUUGGCGGUUGGCCUGCCCGAAAAGGGUGCAUGGUCUCUAGCCUUAAUUAGCAAUUUUAAUUUUAUAGCUUUGUAGCACGAAAACUCUUGUGUGGUUGCUCCUUGCGCAUAUUGGGCAAUAAGUGCCACACACUGUUAGCAUCUACCAUGCAUGAUGCUAUUCAAAUACAACCGCAACGUUAAUUAAUAAAUGAAAAUGGACUGCUCGUGCAUGCUAUAAAUUAAUGCAAACUCAUAGCUAGUUGGUUUUCAUCGGAACGAAGCAGUUGAGGCUAGUUGUUAAUUGAUUUCAAGAAGUCUUGAGCUUCAUUACUACUACAUCGCAAUCAAACAAACACAAAAAUACAGGGAAAACCACCACAUUCAGGUGGGGUCAUCGUAAUUAAUCGCUCCAAACCUUCUUCAGCACAUUCAAACCGAGUCAAAAUAUAGUAUAUGAACCACUGUAACUUAAGUUAAUUAUGCAUUGUUUUAGUUUACAAUUAGGAAAUCAAAACACAGAUGAUUCUUUUGAAGAUGUAUCUAGCAAUCUCAGAAGAUCUUUUCCUAGCAUUUUGUUUUCUUUUUCUUUACAUCUCAAUGGAAUAUGAAUAGGGAUAGGUCAAAAGGUUCUGUCGCUGGAGUUAUUUUGGUUGUAUAGUGUUUAUACCAUCCACCUAGAAAUUUUAGUUUCACAGCAUGGACAGGAUUAUGCCCACUUGUCACAGUCAACACACGUUGGCUUUGCACGCAGCACGGCAACCAAGUUACAAAGUAGUUAGCUUAGUGAAUGUCUUAUCUAACCUGCUCUUGCCGUAGGUUUUAUACAUACCAUAAAAUGUUUACUCAGGAUGGACUCGGUUGCCACAGAACACAUAGUGCAGGCAGGCAAGCUUCUUCUCACAGAACAUAUAGGGCAGGCAGAUCUGACAGGAACUUAGGUCAAUAUAAUGAUAACACCCCUUAGCAGGAGGACUCGUCUUUUGUUGUAACAGGCGGGAAAAAAUUGAACAUGGACUGCUUGCAUAUAUCAAACAAAUUCCUCCAUUCACCUUUUUAAAUGAGACUUGUCAUUCGAUAUCGGUUCCUAACGUAUAGUAUAAUCUUAGGCGUGAGAUCGACGUCGUCUUGGCCAAGAAAUCCACACUGCAACACAGACGAUCCAAUAGUAUACGCAGUCUUGGUCACCUCCUAAGUAGUCUGCUGCCCUGUUAUCGUUCGACAGUGGCACUAUAGUCCUGAUCAAAUGGAAUGGACUCGUUUUCAGUUCGCGAACAGUUGGCGAAUCAAAAGAGCGAUCUGGAUAAUGUCUCUGAAAAUGGUCAUAGUCCAUGUCAGGUCUUCCAAUUGGAACAUUUCCUCGGUCCCCUCAUAAGAAAGACAGAAAAUACCACCUAAAAGUGGAGAACACAAUCAGGGCUGCAUUGAGGGUAAUUCGUCCCCUCUUCCCUAGGAUUUGCUUGACAAUAAUAUUGAACACAGACUUAAUUAUAGAAACUUAGUUAAACUGCAAUGGAUGGCGCCAUGUGAUCCAAGCUCCCAAAUAUAAAAAAAAUGUUGGGGAGGGGAACCCGGAACCUAGUUAGCUUGUUUUAAUUGGCAUGCAGCUGCGCACUUAACUAUUUUGCAGCAUAAUUAUUCAUAAAACUAUAAUUGAUUUUGAGAGGUCAUUUGGCAACCUGCAAAUGAGAUAUCAUUGUUUGUACACAACAUGUAGCUACACUCACCGGUGAAUCACAAACGUCUGGGCUUGUGAAAUAACAUUAAGUUUAGACACCUGGCCACUUGGCCCAAUCCCCAAAUUGGCCAACAUCUUGAUGAAGCUCUCAAUUUUUACCAUGUUGACGAUAUCAUUGCAAUCUACAGCCUCCGAGUUGGCGUAGUGAAGAUACUUCCCCAGAUCUACUGCAGCCUCUGUCUGCACUAUCUCCUCCCUUCAAUACUUCCUCCAGGGUGCCCUCAGCCUGGAGAAAGUUGAUGAGGUCGUCAGGGACUGUUAUAGAUGUUUCAAAACAUAUUCCUUCUUUUUGGCGGAGAGAAGGAGCUGCUGCUUUCUCAGCCCUUUCUUGAGUCCAUUUGUCUUCGUUUCGCUCACAUGUGCUUUUCCUAUAAGCGUCUCAUCUUCUUUUGACUAAUAGCUGCCCAAAGUGAUCUAAGCCAAAAAUUUCCGGGCAUAUUAUACACGGUGCCCAAAAUCGUGGAUGCAGCUCUGACAAUGAACACCUAAAAAUUCCUCAGCCACUGGUUUUUUCUUUGCUACAAUCGCACUAAUUGUAAAUACUUAACCUGUCUCGGAUGUUUGUCGCCUACGGUAGAUUCGGUGGGAGAGUUGGUUGCCGCCAUUGAAGCCUAAAAUAAUUUCUGCCUAUUAUUCCCAAGAAAUUCCUGCAUAAAUCGUCAUUUGCUAAUCAUUCUGCAAGAAACUUUGAUUAUGACAAUAAUUAUUAAUGUAUAAAUCUUAUGAUGAUUAUUAAUUUGAUUCACAUUGCACCUCCUGAGGGCCGCCACCCGCUGUUGAUUCGAUGAGAGAUAGUACCUGAAGACAUAUCACGUAUUGUAUUGCAUAGGUGCAACGUGAUAUAGGUGUGGGUGAUGAAAAAAUCGGACACUAUUGUGGUGCAAGUGAUCGUGAGGCAACAGCUAGGCAACCAGCUCCAAGCAGAAGAGUAACAGUCACUGUUCUGCCACCAGGGUUUAUGAGUACAAGUGGAUGUAUGCAAACAGGAAGUACAACUUCUGACACGACUCGUACUCCUGCUCCGACACCACUAACACAAUCUCAAAUUUUGUACCGAGUAAAGAUCAUCAACCCGGCAAAAAAAACAGACAUGGUUGUUAGAGACAUGAGGACUUUUCAUAGCCAUUUCUCAUCUAUGACAGAUAUGAAGGUCAGGUUAAUGGAAGAAUUCAAGAGUCAAGUACCAGCAACAACAUCAUUUUCAAUGGGUUACUUUGCUGGCCGCCCAUCUGCUAAAUAUUGGAUUUACACAGAAGAAGAUUUAGCUUCGAUGUAUAGCAAGUCUAUCACUCAAGAAAUUAUGUUGUGGUGUGAUGGCCGAAAUGUUACUGAUAGUGAAACUCCAAAUCCUAAGCGGCGAAAGACUGGAGAAGGGUGUUUGUCAAGAAGAGAGGAAAAGGAGCUUGAGGUAGAAGAGUUAACAAAAGAAUUGAAGGAACUGAAUAAAGAAAAAUUUAAUUUAAGCGAAGUGCAGUACCGUCUGUGGGCUCGCAUGAUUACAACAGGGAUCCAUUCAAGUAAAGAUACACCUCCACAAGUCCCUAUGAUUACUGGUAUUACUCCAAAAAGGAAACAAAGAAAGGAUGACUUGACAAUGUCAGAUACUAUUGCGAGCACUGCGGCAGCCGUUGUUAAGGCAAUAAAUUGUGUUUCUCCAGUCACCCAAUCAGCUACUAUUCAACAGACUAUUUUAGAUUCAUGUACACCUACCAGACGUUCAAACGAUUUAUCACAAUUGGGAAUUUCCCCUGGUAAAGCCUCUGAAAUACGUGGAAAAUCCUUUGGACAGCUAAGCACUCUCAAACAGUUGUAUGAUGACUGUGUCUUAACACAAGAUGAGUUUGAAGAGCAAAAGCGAGAUAUUUUAUUCGGACUGAAAAGGCUUCAGUGACAUGAAUAUAAUGUACUUGCAACUUAGUAUGUCAGGGGCGAUCCUAGGAUUCAGUCAAUGGAGGUGCUCAUUGCGCGCGAAGCGCGGCGCAAAAUUUAAACCACGCCCACUUCCGGGAGUCACGCCCCUUUUGUCGGCAACGCCCACUGUUUUCUAGAUGGUGCACAGUACUGACAGUAUAUACGACAGUACAGUGC